UUGGAAGCAAGCUGAGUAGGUCGACACGUGUUCGGUUUCCGGGCUUUAUAUGAUUAUGUCAAGUGGACGCAGUGCUCGUCUACCACCCACUCCUAAUGCUCCCAACAACAAACAAUGGGCUCCCAAUUCUUCUGCCUCAGCUGCCACCUCUUCUCUGCAUGAAACCAAUAGCAACAACGUAAAUAUGUAUCACCAUCAGCAUCCGUACAGCAAUACAUCGGCUGUGUCGGGCAUGAGCCACAUGACCGGUGUCAUGGGCGACAGUGGUCUCGGUGAUGUCAUAACCACAGCAGACGCUGCCACCGAAGGCAUACCGGGUGAGACGAUUGAAGCCUUGGGUCCCGAAUUGGCUGUUGCCACAUCGAAGGUGUUGGAAAGUUUAUCGGAGAAUGAACGGAAAAUGAUAAUCGAGGUUUUGAAUCGUGACGAAAGUGUCCGGCAAAGGGAUGCCACUCGAAUAAUGGAAAUUCAAGCAUCUAGCGGAGACUGGCUAAAAGGUUCAUGUGGUGCUGUCGAUCAUUUGGCCACUAGUGACGUUUUACGCAAAAGUAUACGACGUUCUUGGACCAUAUCAAAUCCCGAGGACGAUCCCAAUAAUCCAAACGCUCAAAAUCCAGUAGCCGAUAACCUCUAUCCCCAACAACAGAAUCUCAUUGAGGCCCAAUCGGCCGGCAGCUAUCCCACUUUAGAUGUACGCCAUCAUCAGCACCACAAUCUUCCCCAGUCAAUACGCAGUCACCCCAUUGUGAAUUACAAUACGGGCAGUGCCAUUACCAUAGCUGGUGUCGGUGUUAGCCACAGCAAUAUCGCUCCAGGCUAUCACGUGAACCCUCAACGUCGUGUCUUACGUCAGUCGACUCUGCCCACAACUUUGCCCAAUAACGAACAGAAUCUAUCUGGCAGUGGAAGCAAUCUGGAAAACUAUAACAGUGUCAACCUGACUGCCCCGACAUCACCACAUCAGAUGCAAAAGGGUCCCCUUUAUCCCAGCGCCUACAAUAGUGACGACAUUAUUAACAUUGAGACAAGCGAUUGUGAUAACUACGCACAACAACUGCAACAACAGCAGCAGCAACAAGCAAUUUCAUCGGGCCAAGUAACCCCUACGCAUCACCGUUUACAGGUGCGCCGACAAUCAACCCUACCCGCAAAUCCAUGUCAACCACCAAUGUACAUGUCAACCUCACCGAAUCGCGGUUACAGCCGCUCACCAGAACGCUCUCCGGGCGAACAACGCUAUCCGCCGUUUAUACGUCAAACCUCAUUUCCCUGUAACAUCAUGGAACCACCUGCCCCAGCAGCAGCGGUCACCACUGCAACCUCAUCCUACCCCUCACCCAUGCAUCGGGGCAAAAUAUUGCCCUCCACCGGAAACUUCAAUCAGUAUGAUCAACCACAGCCGGCACAACCGAACCAACCACUGGCCGAAGAUUUGGAAUACAGUGGCCCCAGUAUGCCGAAACCACGCAUGAUGCGCCAAGCCACUCUGCCCAAUCCCGAGCAACAUGUCAAACUGCUGCCCACAUCACCGCCAAAACGUCAGACUUCUCCACAGUACCGACGUUCACCGGAAUUCAUGCGCCAACAAACUCUGCCCAACCCGGAAUCGUUUACCAGCAGCAACUCCUUAACAGUUCAGGCUGCCAAUUCCGGAUCACAGAACAAAUUCUUACCCAUUUCGCCGAGACAGAAACAGAACUUCCUUUUCCCGAAUGUUCAGAAUCCUCGUCAGUUUUUAUCCCAACAAAAUGUGCCAGCCGUUGGUGUGGCCGAGAUACCGGUUAGCACGACGGCGGAACACUAUUCCAGUAGUCAGAGUGUAAAUAUCCACCACUCCCGCGACCACUCGAAAAUGAUAAAGGUGCGCAGUCACAGCAAUGAAGAGUACUCCAUCACCAAGUCACAUCAUCCCGAGUCGCGUCGUCUGUUGCCCGAAAUACCCACCGCCAGUUCGCGCUCCAUGAGUCGCUCACCCAGUCGUUUGGUCAGACAAGAUUGUCUGAAGGAUCAACCCGGGUCGGGAGUUGGCCAUAUGCCCGGCGACGGACACACACGCACAUUCGGCGAAGCCAAACAACAAUUCCAUCAAUUCCAAAAUGUCACCGAGGAAGACGACAAUCGCCCCGAGUAUGUGGACUAUUUUGGUGACAGCACUAGUAGCUUCCUUGAAGUGGACGAGGUGCAGUAUGAGAAGAACUACAACAGUGGGUUUAGUAGUGAACCUCGUAUCAUUUACAAUGAUGGUUCGGACGAUGGCAGCUAUCAGGGUUACCAGAGGCCAAUUGUGCACAGCGCCGAAAAUGUUUUGGUUCCCGAUCAAGGUUACAGUGGCUAUACAAAUAUGGCCCUCGGACAGCAUGCUUUCGGUGCCAAUUUAGGUGGAAAUGGAGUUCUGGGAGUAGGAAUAGGAGGACCAGCAGGAGGUUCAUCUGGGGGUGGUGCAUUGCCGCGGACUCCACUCAUGCACAAUCGAUUGCGUCGACGUCAGUCGAGAGAUUUGCAAGCCCAACAGGAGGAAUUCGCUCAAGUGGCUUCGUUAAAUGUACUACCCUCUCAAAGUCCGGGUAUGUCACCACCUAAUGAGCCGGCUACAGGUGCAACGGAAGCAGCCGCAGCAGUGGAAACUAAAUCUAGUGAAAGACCAAAACCGGAGCAAAUGCGUUCAAUAUCCGAAGAUUCGGGAGCAAAUAAAUCAAAUGUGCCCAAACCAGUUACACGCCGCUCUCUGUCACAUCCCGAAAAGGAGACCCAGGCAACUAAAAAGGUGGAACCUACCAAAAUACCGAGUCCAAAACCAUUAGCCGAUAUUCUCGACAAAUCAAGACCCAUGACAAAAAUACCAACACCGCGUAGACGCAACAGUAAAGGAGUCGACGUCGAUGAAGCCGGCAUUUCAAAAUCCCACAUAAACGAAAGAAAACAUUCCGAAUCAACUACGAAACCGAAUAGAAAUCAAAACGACGACAAGCAACAAAUGAAAGAUUACAAUCUCGAUGCUGGUGGCAACAAACAAGAACCCCAUAAAGAGUCCAACAAGGACGAUGCACAGCAACAAGAACAACAAAGAAGCAAAUCUCCCCGAGGAGAAACACAGGAAGCAAACAAUGACAAAACAGAAGGCCAAGCUCAACUGACAAAGACCCAUACAACCACAUUGGGUGAACAGGAAAUUCAAAAUGCUGUCGAAGCAGCGGCAGUUAUUUUCAAGAAAGUGGUGCUUCAACGACGCCAAGAAAAGAAAGCAGCUGAAGAAGAUGCCUACGACACUAUGGAAACUUCGUCGGAAAUGGAAUUUAAAUCGAUUACCAUCAAUCAUGCCCAGUACAACAUGGAAGCCGAUGAAUUCAAAUUGGUUUUUAUUAACUCGGCCGAUUCAUCAUCGUGUCGCGAUGAUGAUGAAUUCGAGGAUAGCAGUUCGACGACAUCGACUUCUUCGACCCAUAACUGCAGCAGUAUCGCCAUAGAUGAUUGCGAUUGGGACUAUUUUGAGCCAUCGAUGAUCAGCACAAGUAUUACCAAACAUGUUCUCUAUUCCCCUUGUGGUUCACCACUGGUGACACGACGCAGACAUUCACGCGAUCUAAAAUCCAGCGAUAGUACCGCUUCACCCAUGGAAUCGCCUUUGAUGUAUCGCAAACAGUUGAUGUUUUGCCCGCGUGUCAGGGAGAGUGACACAGGAACUGAUGAGGAGCUGCUAAUGCAAGGUGAAAGCUCCAGCUCUGAUGGAUAUCUGACUCGAUCCUCGACAUCGGCGGCACGAACCCAACAUCAAAUGAGUAUGAAAACCCGAAUUAAAACUCGAUUCUUGAGCAAGGAACAACACCAUCCGAAACAUCAUCGUCUAAGUUCCCCGCGUAAUAGCCAACUAGCGGCUGGUGAUUCCUGCAGCUGUGGUGCUGCCAAAGGCAUUCAAGCUAGAAAUGAAGCCUCACAGCCGUCUUCCGCAACGCUGCAACCUCAGUAUGUGCCAAUUCCAGUGCCAGUACCCAUACCGGUGCCUAUGUCAGCCUAUCCCUAUUGGAAUGCCAACGAAUUGACACCGCAAAUACCGCCUGGCCUUCUGGUCGAAGAUACUGACCAAAAGGAUUUGUGUGCCUCGCUGCAAAAGCUGUGGUGCUCGGCCCAAAAUAGCCUGCCCAAUCCCAACGUGGUGAGUACAAAUAAUUUGCAAGCUGCAGCAGCUGCUGCAGUUGCAGCAACCUAUCAAAAGCUGGCAGGUCAUGGUAAUGGUGGCAAAGGUGUUGCAGGCUUCAAGUCAUCAGCGCCCGACUUAAGUUCAUCCACCUACUCACUGGUGGGUAUGACACAAUCGCACUGUUCCACCUCUUCCGGUUAUGGAACCAACACCACAACCGGUGGCAGUUUGGAAACCUUAUUGAAUGUUGAAAAGCUUACAGCUGCUGGUGCAAAUGACCAGCACCACCAGCACCACCUGAACAACCACCAUCGUUCUCAAUCGACUGAUAAGACAUAUGUUGUUGGUAAACGCCAUUCACUGCUGUCUAUGGCACCACCACUACCACCACCGGCUCAACAACACAUGGACGACGACCAAAACCACCACCAGCACCACCACUACCACGAUGGAUACCAAAGUCUGACAGUCCAACAUGAGUGUGAUGGUAUCGAUGACUCUGGCCGCCUCAAGUGUAUGCCAGCUCUGAAUUGCUCAGCACUGUCAGUUGACGAUAUACCUUCGUUGAUUUCAAGUCGUGUUUCAGCUCCAGCCGUAACGGAACAAACAAACGGUGGCGAUAUCGGCGUCGAUCAAACCCUUUCGGACACCACCCAAAACGUUGAACGCGAAUUCGUUGACAAAAUAUCGGUAAUUAGCGAAUUCAACAAUGUCCGCCCGGAGACGGACGCCAAUCGGAGUUGUUGUGAAAAUGAAGUUGCAAAAAUUAAUGCAAAUUUGGUGAAUGAGUUUGGAAAAACAACAGCCACAACGACAACAACGGAUAGACAAAUUUUAGCAAACAAUCCCGAACAAAUCGUUGUUGAUUUAGAAGUAGAGAAGAAACAAGUUUGCGGCCCAACAAAAACUACUACGACUACCACCACUGCUAACAACAAUAACAUAACCAAUAAUAAUAGUUGUAGUACGAGCACCAACAACAACAACCAAACAGACGACAGCGGCAAAGACCAGAAAAUAUUCACCACAGCUAAAAAGGCAGUAAUAGCUUUGGCCCAUACAGAGAGCAGUACCGCUGAGAAUCGUCAACAGCUGCUUCUGUUGUCAAACAAACCUCACGAUGAGAAGAGAGAAACCACAUCAACACUACCCUCUAAGGGAGAAGAAACACUCGACAAUGAAACACAAACAUUGCUCUCUCAUGAUCUGAAACGGAAACGAGGUGGCAAUGAACAACACAAUAAUGACGUUUCCGCUAACAUUGAGCAAAACAAACCAGCGUUAUCUCUGUCUCUGUGUCGUAAUGACGUUUUGUGUAAUCGAGAUAUUUUUGAAAAAGCUGUAAAGCCGGUAAAAACUUGUUCCACAGCCACUGCCGACCACAACGCGAACUCUGUUUGCACAGAUGGUUUGGUGGCAACACUGAGCGCGAGUUACAGCACUGCAGUUGCAGCAACGAAUGCAAGACCACCACCGCCACAAACGCCACCACCACCAAGUCAAGCUUUUAAAGAAAAUGUGAAAAAUCCCAUAACAAAACUAGCAACAACAACUACAAUCCCAACUGCUGAGGAAAACAUAACGAAUUUUGUACAACCGGCCAUAGUUGUUGGAAAAUCAACGAACACAACGGUAGUGCUGCCAACACGAGAAGACCUAGCACCGGAGGUGGUCACAACCAAAUCAAUAUCUACAACAACAGACACAAGAACAAAUCAAUAUAAAAACAUGAUAAAGCUACCAGAUAGCUCUCUCGAAAGUAGAAACACAACUGGGCCAGAUGGCGGCGGCUAUUUGCCCAGUGAACGCCAUGAACUCUCGAAUUCGUCCGCCAACUCCUCCGAUUCCAGCGAUAAUUCCGAAGAUUCAUCAGCAUCCAACAAUGAGGAUUGCGAGGAGUUCAUUUCAAAGAAGUCCACCAAAAAGAAACGCUCCUCAAGGCGUACACAAAGAAGUUAUAACAUUAUUCCUGAUGGAGAAAGGGAGGUGGAGGAGGAGGAUUGUGCGGCAGCUACAAGUGAUAGUAGUGCCUCAAAGUCGUCCUCAUCGAAUGACAAAACAAAAAGUGAUGAUAGUGACAAUGAAACGCAAAGUUCUCAAUCCAGUUCGGAAUCGGUGGAUACCGACGACACGGGUAAUGUCGCCGAUCGAAGACCACGCAAAAAACAUUUCUCCAAAGUCUUUGUGGUAAAUCGAAGAUCGCGUAAAAAUCGUAAUCUCGUGACGGGCAGUUGUAGUAGUGCCUCGUGCACAGAAUCCUCGUCGGACGCUAACCUUGAGGAUUCCUCGGACAAUGAUACCGACACGGAGAGAACCCACUGCGGGGUGGUAUUGCGUUGCAUCAAACUGCUGAACGACGAAGAUCAGGGUUCCGAAUGCGAGCUAAAGGAGAUACGCGAUUCGUUGCAUGAAAGUGAUAGUUGCAGUGACUCCAGCGUACACGAUUGCAAGCGCGAUGAAGAAGACGACUUGAUGUAUGGUGAGGGCGACAAUGCGCCAACGGCCAGGGCUGGAUUGCCGAUUGCCGGUGAUGACGACGAAAGUGAAUGUGUCAACGAACAGAGUUCUAGCUCAGAUUUGGCGAAUUGUAUUUUCGUUGUUGGCGGCCAAACUGACGACGACAAUGGCGGGGUGGUGUUGCAAGCCAUACGUUCAUUAGAGCCCCCUCCCACCCCACCUGCCGAACAUUAUCACCAAACUGAUGAUAAUGAUCAUGGUGGUGGUGGUGGUGGUGCUGCUGGUGGCAUAGUUAGCAAGAAAGUGGCAACAAACAAUAGUGAAAAUCAUCAUUGGCAGGCUACAACAACAUCGACUGCCAAUGCAAGUGGAGCAAUUAAAAUCUCGCAUGAUGCGCAUGUAUGGCCGAAUGCUUCAGUGAUUACGGCCGUGGAUAACGCCAGCGCCAUUUCCAAUGCUGAGGAUGUGUGCGAGGAACUGCAUAGCAUUUCCAAUGAUGUAAAUCGUUUAUUGGCCUUAACCAAACAAAAUUCAGAGCUGGAAAUCAAGCUGCAGAAGCUGAAGAGCGUUGUUAAAGAAAUCAAUCAGGAUCAUUUAACCGAAACCACAACAACAACAACAGCACUAACAGAAUCUAAAUGCAAUGACAAAUUACAGCCUGAAAGCGAAGGCAUUGCAAAGGUUUCCUCCGGCGACAAUGGUGAGCGUGACCACGAGCAGGAGGAGGAAGAGGUGGUCUUAUGCCAAGCCGUAGAGGCCCUAGAGGAAAAACUGCUGAAUAUGCGUUCCAUGGUGGGGACGGCAGCUGAAACGAAAACUAAAAGUAAACACAAAACCGGUAAUGCAACACUUAUGGUCGAAGAAAAACCAAGAAAUCCAGAACAAAACAACAGCAAACUACAGCAGCAGCAGCUAACCGACGAUGACGAAAACACCGAAAAGCUAGACAAGAAAUGUGAGAAGGAAAAAGUGGAAAUACCUGUCAAAUGGCAUGGCAGCAGCAACCACAGUUCUGAAGAUAAAUUGCCACUACAAACAGUUACACCAGUAGCAACAACAACAACAACACGAACUAUGUCCAAUGACCAUUUGGACAGUUCUACUGUUGUGGCGAUAUCCGAUACAUGCUCCUCUUCUCCUUCUGCUUUGGUUAGUCAACGUGACAACGAAGAUUUCAAAGUUAACUAUGUGCAUUACGACGUCGACAGCAACAAUGGUGAUGAUGACGAUGAUAAUCAUGACGUAGAAGAGGAUGAUGACGCACAUGUCGACGAAAAUGAAUGUGAAACAAAGAAAAACCAAAACAAACCAAUACCACAACGUGAUACCUGUAAAUCGAAUGUAGAAGAACAGGUACAGGUAAAACAACAACAACACCAGCAGCAGCAACCAGCUGGCCGCCGCUCCACAACGGUAGCUGAUGAAUUAAGCCAUAAACAACAAAGAAGCACAGAACUCAACGAACAAGAAGAACCCGAACCAGAAGUAAACGGAGUACAAGAAUCCAGCCAAGCGUGCAAAACAAAUGAAAUGCUACGCGACUGUUAUUACGUUACCCUACACCAGCAUAGUACACCACCCGUCUCCAGUAGUUUCACAGAAUAUUUUAUGGACUCAUUAGAGACGCCUACCAAUACCACGACCAUUAACACCAAUACAACAUCGACUGCUAAUCUACCAUCAUCACCUCGAACAGGUAGUAAUGGCGGAGAGCAAAAACAGGUACUCGCACCAAAAAGAGAGCCAUCGUUGUUUACCUCUGAGGUGAGCACAUCGGCCAUGUGCUCAGAGAUCACUAUGCCUUCGUUGGAUAAUGUCGCGACGACGAUAAUGCGCGCAGAGACUCUAGCUCUGCAAGCAACAGUUGAAAAUGAAAUUUUAAACGAGAAAGACGGUAGAAGUUACGAUCGGUUUGUUGACAUCGAAUACAGCGACCAAUUGAAAAGCAACGACAACAACAACUUUGGUGCGAUACGCAAAACAACAAGUACACAGCCCAACUCCUCGUUCACCACCACCAACAGCCGUAAACAUUUCGAUUUGGAGACACCAACAACAACAGUUGGCCAUUUUCGUAAACAUCAAAUGAAAGACGACGACAACAACGAACUGGGCAACAAUAAAAAUAAAGAUAACAACGAAUUUUAUUACCAGCAACAACACAAGCAACACCAUUGGCAAUACCAACAGCCAGAUACAAAGGAAUCAGGCGGCAGCUUUGACCACAACAUCGAUGCUGAGGCGUUCGCAGACGUCGAUGUCGAAUGCGACGACAACGACGACGAAGAAGAAGAAGACGUAUUCGGCUUCAAUAGCAUUAAAAAUAAUACCAGAAUUGCAAGAUCGUCAAUCAAGAACUGUGCCGAUGAUCUAGAUGACGUUGUUGUUGGAGGUGGUGGUGGUGGUUGCGGAACAACAAGUGCAAGUGAAUACUCUCGCGAAACGCGAACGACGGGUAUACCCGCCGCGACAGUAUUAACCUCGACCGCAUUAACGCCGCCCGCGAAGUCGACCAAAUAUCGCAGCACCCAUGUAAACAAUUCGCCAAAUACCUUAUCGGCCAAAUAUCGCAGUUUGAUAAUGAUUACGAAAGAUCAACAACAACAACAGCAAGAGGAGCAAAACAAUAGUGCAAAUUUCGCCAAUCAAUCUACGAAAGUCGCACCAAUCGUCGCGGCGACACGUGUCGGUGAAGAUAACGGCAAUAUUAGUGAAACAAGUGAAGUGCUAAAGCAAAUGUCAAAUCACACCAUCUCGCCGAGUGGCGCUGGUGAUAUCGAUAAAGAUAACAACAACACGCAAAUCAAAAAUAACAGCAACAAAAGUGAUACAAAUCUGAAUGAGUCAUCGUUGGGUAAAUACCAAUCUAUGAAAGAAGAAGAACAACAACAACAAUCUGACCACAAUCAGAAUGAAAAUGUUAAAAGUGAAGUGUUAGUGUCGUCUCCGACUGCGUCGACGUCGCCCUCGUCAUCGGUCGAUUUACUCAGAGAUCAGCGCAUCAACGCCAACGAUGACGCUGAGCGCGAUUUUGAUUCGUUCGAUGCAAAUGCAAAUUUAUAUUCGCUAACAGAGAGCGCGGAACGUGAUGAGAAUGUCCUCGCAGGACUAACGACACCGAUUAAGAAGGCCGUUUGCCUGGAAGACGGUCUUGCCGAUGACGAUUCGUGGGUGGAAGAACUUAGUGAACAUGGCGAUGUGGUGGGAACAGAAUUGGAAGUGGCCGGGGAGGAAGAAGCCGAAGAGGAGGAGGAGGACGUUGAUGAAGAUGAUACAACUCCCACCGCUACCGAUUCGGAAGACGGCGAUGAUCCACACUCAUUGGGCAUAUUUAUGAAUCGUGAAGAAGAGUUGCGUGGCUAUCAUCGCACAGCUAUUGAUUUUACGCUUCACACCAUUGUCGAAGAGAGCUGUGAAGAGAGUGAAGUGGCCUCGCUCAGAAGUCAUACCGAUGAGGAUGAUCUAGACGAUUUGGAACGUAAAAGGCAAAAGACCCUCCAGCACCAUCAUCGCCUUUCCGCCUCAGAACUAGAGAAAUAUUUCUUUUUUGGUCUAGGCGAUGGCAAGGUGAUGAGCUCAAUUGAUACUCGUGGUGAAGAUACGGCCUCCGAUGUAAGCAGUGUUUAUUCAGAGGGCUUGGAUUCGUUGGGGGUUCCCGAUGAACCUGUCAAUGAUGUUGGACAAGCUGCCGAUUUAGCUUCCUCAAGGCUUGAGAAAUAUUUCCUUUCCGGUUUUAUGGGUUUCAAUGCCAGCGAAAAGAAUGAUUCCGACGAGAGUGGUAGUGUGGGCAGCGACAGUGAAGGUCAUCCCAGUCCGAGCCAAAGAAGAAAACGUCUAUGGCGUGCCCGUACCACACCCAGGUCGCACAAUUCUUCGCUGGACAAUCUUCUUAUGGACUCACAAUCCAAUGAGAUGCUCGAAAACACCCUAAUGCCUUCCAACAAUAGCCAGGAUAUUAUUGAUUCCUCGGAAUCGGAAGCCUGCGAUGAAACUGUUCUCCACAAUAGCAGUGCUAGUGAACGAACCUCAGAGGGUACGGACACCAUGAAACGUAAAAAGCAGCUGAGAAAACGUCACGACUCAUUGGAUGAGAAGAAAUUACAGGAUCCCAAUCUCGGUGUGGAGGACAACAACAAGAUGGCUUCCUCCAACAUCGAAUGUCGCACUCCCACGCCCGGUUCCAUGCAAAAUGCUCAGUCAAAGAAACAACAACACCACAGUCGGGAUAGUGGUUUUGUGGGAAGCAAUGAUGAUUUGCUAAAGUCCCCUGACAGCGAGAAUUCACCCUCUUAUGGAGUACGCAACAAGUCGCCCAGUACACUAGAACAAAUAACAGAAGUCAACGAAAAGCUUGUGGCGCCCAUACCAACAGUUCGCUUGAGUAUUGCAAAUGACAACAACAAUGCCACAACACCCAGCGAUAGCGUCAGCAAGAAGCCAAGUAGUAUUCCUCCCUCUACAUCCGCUUCUACAUCAUCCGCCUGUAACUUGGUACGCAAGGAUAGCUUCAAUAAUUGGAGUUCGGACGAAGAAACCAAUCUUAUGAUGAGUAAAAUGCGUCAAUUUUUCAAGACCCUUGUCGUAGCCACAGCUAAUGCCCAACAACAGAACUCGGCCAGUAACUCCAAGUCCACCACGCCCAAUCAGACCACCCCCAUAUCAGUACGUCGCAUGAAAUCCCGUCCAGCCACGCUGGCAUAUUUCGAAAAUGAACUAACGCGUCUUAUGAAAACGGUACCGGGCAUUAACGACGAACAAGUGCGCGAAAUCGUUGAAUAUCUGAGCAGCGAGGAUACAUGGUCGGAUUCGUACGAUUCCUCAGAUUACACAAGUUCGGAUCUGGAGGGCAGUAGCCAAAGACGAAGCGAACUGAAACAACAAAUAUCAGCCAGUUGUCAGCAAAUUAUCAACAAGUUUGAAGUCGAUGAAGAAGGUGAUCGUGGUGAUGGCGGUCUCUUGGAUGAUGUCAGAACUGUAAAUCCUGACACUGCCUUGGUAUAUCAAAAACUUGUGGCCUCUAUUUCCAAAAUGGCCAUUGAAAAUCCCUCAGUCGCCCCCAGCAAUGUCAGUAGUGACCAAGCCAAAACAAGAAGUGUACCACCAGUUCCCCCAACAGAGAGUGUUUUGGGUGGUGGAAGCACUAGACUGGGCGUAGGAGUAGGAAUGGAGGAAGACCGCAUCUCCACUGGCAGUACACGUAGUACCGAAAGAUCCCCUCAACUGUUUGCCAGAGUUAUGCAACACAUCGGUACCCGUUUGGUGGCCCUGAUGCACGAGGUAAGCAGUGGCAACGAUACCCACGGUACCAAUUCUCCCAUGCCCAUGCAACGGCACAAUCAGCACAAACGUUUGCAGGCGAAAAUAUCCGCUACCACCACCGAAGACGAAGAAGACACCCCGACCGAAGACCGACCCACUAGCAACGCUAGAACGUCACAGUAUUUGCAUCCCUCCCAUGCUUAUGCUCAACAUCAGCUCUACUCCAGCACAUCGUCACGAACGAUUGGCUAUCCACAGGACGAUGCCUACAAUUUGGCACGCAGCAAAUCACACGACCUGUUGCUUGACUCAGCCUCUUCCUCGCUGACAGCAACAAGUACCAACAGCACGGGCAGCAGCGGUGGCGGCAGCAAUGCAGCGCAUCAUGCUACUGCCCACAACCGACCACAUCACCAUCAGUCCAGCAGCGGCGUUAGCGAUACCGCCGGCGAGGAGUGUGGCGUGGCCAGUGACUACGAGCGCUUUUCAUGGCGCGGCAGUUUUGAGUCGGCAUUACUGGCUAAUGGCGAUUCCAGAACAAAACUAUCUCAACUCGACCGUGACAACUCAUCGUCUGCGUCCGCUUUGGCCGUUGCAAAGCGUCGUUCUGCAGGUGACCUGUUGUUCAAUCAUAAAAGUCUGAGUCGCGAGCAAUUAGAUCGUGUGCGUUCCUGUGGCAGUAUCGGAGGUGGCGACGAGCAUCAUCAUGUGUUGGAGUCCUCGCCAACCAAACCAUGGCUUUCCAACUCCAAUGACUCGAAGGAUGCCAGACGUUCCAGCGUUCCGGACGCCAUUUACGAAACAGACUCCUCGUCAUCGGACGAUUGUGAACCGUUUGUGGGCACACGCUCCACACUGCCACGCAGCCUCAUUGGCGUGGCACAAAUGUCGACGACAAACUCACUGCCUCGCCUGCCUACCACCAAUACGGCGGCAGCAAGUGCGGGUGCCACCGUCACUAGUAGCAGUAGUACCUCAUUCAUAAGUAGUUUGGGUGCGCCAACAACAAUAACAAGUUCAACAUCGGCACUGCCCUCAGGUGUGUCAGCAACUUCAACCCCCGUUUCGAAAUCGCAAAACGCGUUGAAUUUCACGCCCACCAGCGGCGGCGGCAUCAACAGCAACAACAGUAACAGUGCCAAGAGUGCACGCUAUCGUCCGCCCGGCCUUAAGUCGCACACGAAUUUCAGUUCAAUUAACGUUAAGAAAUGUACGCAGGCACAUGCCCAGCAGUUGCAGCAAUUCUUUAAUCCAAAGCGUGAUGCACGGAAACGUUUAAAUAUGUCCAUGGAAGAAGCCAAAGCUGCUGCCGAAGAGUUAAGCCGGUCACCUGUUAUGGGUCAGCGCAACUAUGAUCCCGCAUCUAGUCCAUUGCAAUCACGUGGCUCCGGUUCCAGCGAAAACUGGCCGCAACAAUCCGAUGAAGACAUUGAUCGUUUGGUGGCAAUGCACCAGAAUCGCAGCAGUUUAAGUUCAUUAGGUCUACGUUCGGAUUCCAUGGCUAGUGUCUAUUCUGGAGCUGGUGAAGGACGUUAUGGUACUGUGGUGGUAAAGGGUCAAGUUGAGUUUGCCAUGCAAUACAAUUAUAAAUUGGGAGCUUUGGAAAUUCAUGUGGUACGCUGUAAAGAUUUGGCUGCCGUGGAUGCAAAGCGCAACCGCAGUGAUCCCUAUGUUAAGGUUUAUUUGUUACCUGAUAAAUCCAAGGCUGGUAAACGCAAAACCAAAGUUAAAAAACACACCUUGAAUCCCAUAUUCGAUGAAGUUCUUCGCUUCCAUAUGCCCAUCUCAAGUUUGGAGUCACGUACCCUAUGGCUAACUGUGUGGCAUUCGGAUAUGUUUGGUCGCAAUGAUUUCCUCGGCGAAGUUAGUGUAAAUUUACAAGGCAGAGUUUUUGACAAUCCCCAGUCGCAGUGGUAUUUGUUGCAGGAAAGGAGUGAGCCAUUUGAUGAAGUUGCCACCUACAGAGGUGAUAUUGUGGUGGGCCUAAAAUAUGUACCGCCAGAGGGUACGAAAACUAAUUUCAUGCGUUCCAGUACCUCCUCCUCUGGUGGUGGUCUACGCAAAUUCGGUAGCAUAAAAUCGGUGGCCAUUUCAAAAUCAGAUCGUUCCGCCAAAGGUGGCCAGUUACAUGUUUUAGUUAAGGAGGCCAAACAUUUGACUCCCAUUAAACCGAAUGGUACUUGUGAUGCUUUUUGUAAAAGUUAUUUAUUGCCCGAUCGCACCCGUAGUUCUAAGCAAAAAACCCCCAUUGUUAAACGUUCCACAAAUCCCAAUUGGACCUACACAAUUGUUUAUGAGGAUGUGACCUUAGAAGAUUUAUCCGAACGGGCGUUAGAAUUGACCGUUUGGGAUCAUGAUCGUUUGGCAAGCAAUGAAUUUUUGGGUGGUGUACGUUUUUCGUUGGGAACUGGCAAGAGUUAUGGUCGUAUUGUCGAUUGGAUGGAUGCCUCCGGAAAAGAAUUAUCCCUGUGGCAAAAUAUGCUGGAUCGUCCCAAUUUCUGGGUCGAAGGCAGUGUUGUUCUAAGAUCCUCAUUGGACGGUAUAAGAGCCAUACCUUAAGGAUUGUAAUUUAAAAAAAAUCAACCAAUUGUAGUUUUAAUUGUUCUCCUCCCCCAUAAACAUGAAAGCAGUUAGAUUUUUGAUACGCAUCUGAUAAAAGAAAAAUGCGUCGAGAGUGUUUUUUUAUAAAUAAUUAUACGACAAAUUGAAUAAUUUAUUCACAUAAAAUAUAUUUAAAAUUAUGACGACAAAAGUAUUUUGAAAUCAAGCAAAAAGAAACAAAAAAACUAAAUUCUAGUUGUAUUUGAUAUGAAACAAAUAUUUAUUUCAUGACAAUUAUUCACAAGCAUUAUUAGCAUUACGACAAAGAAAAAAACAUAUUUCUGAAAAACAUAUAGAAAAAAAUCUAAAUAAAAUAUAUGCAAUUAUUGAUAUAAUAAAGCAUUGCAUCAAUUUACAGUAAAAAUGUUAAUUAUAAUAAAAUUAUAAAUAUAACUUUACAAUAAUAAUAUUAAUAAUAAUACUAGACUACCACUACUAUUACAACUACUUACGCAUAUACAUAAUAUAUGAUAAAACAAAUAAUUAAAUAGUUCUACUUCUAAGUUCUAUUUUAAGGCAUAUUCUAAACUAAGACAAGAUUAUCUUGAAUAAAAAAAAAAAAAACAAAACGAUAAUAAACCCAAAAUGAAAAACAGAUUUUUUACAUUUAAAGAAAACCAAACAAAAUCAACUAAAUCUUGAAAAAAUCUCUACAGCAAAAAAAAAAAAAACAAAUAUUUUCUUCCACCUAUGGUCUAUGUGAAUCUUCUAAACAUAUCAUUAUUUCAUACACAACAAAAGUCUUUCUGGUGAAUAUAAAAACGCCUUAACUGCAAAAAGGUAUUUUGGUGUAGUAUAAAACAAAAACACAAACAAUCUAAAAAAAAAACAAAAA